AUGGCCCUGCGCACUGGGACGGCUUGGUUUGGGCAGGUCCUGCGCAGAGUUUCCCGGCUUCAGGGCACCUGGUCCCGGCGCUCCAGCAGCCUCCUGUGCCUCUCUUCUUCCCAGGAGCCCGAGCAGGCGGGCGGGGAGCGACCGCCGCCGCAGCACAAGCUGCCCCGGAGCGGCGGCAGCGGCGGCGGGCGCCGCCGGCCCCCCCGGCAGCUGCUCCCCUGCUGUAACUGCUGCGGCCUGUCGGAACCCCGGGCGGCCAGGGGGGGACAUGGUCCCCUCACUCGCCCCUUGCUGGCGGCCAUGAAGAGGCAGAACGUGCGGACCCUGUCCCUCAUCAUCUGCACGUUCACCUACCUGCUGGUAGGGGCUGCCGUCUUUGAUGCCCUGGAGUCCGACAACGAGAUGCGGGAGGAGGAGAAACUCAAAGCCGAGGAGAUCCGGCUCAAAGGAAAGUACAACAUCACCAGCGAGGACUACCGGCAGCUGGAGUUGGUGAUCAUGCAGUCCGAGCCGCACCGCGCCGGAGUCCAGUGGAAAUUCGCCGGCUCCUUCUACUUUGCCAUCACGGUCAUCACGACCAUCGGUUAUGGACACGCUGCCCCAGGGACGGAUGCAGGAAAGGCUUUCUGCAUGUUCUACGCCGUGCUGGGGAUCCCACUGACCCUCGUCAUGUUCCAGAGCCUGGGCGAGCGCAUGAACACCUUCGUCAAGUACCUCUUGAAACGCAUCAAAAAGUGCUGUGGCAUGAGGAGCACCGAGGUCUCCAUGGAAAACAUGGUCACUGUGGGUUUCUUCUCCUGCAUGGGGACACUCUGCAUUGGAGCAGCAGCCUUUUCCCAGUACGAGGAAUGGAGCUUUUUCCAUGCUUACUAUUACUGCUUUAUAACAUUGACUACGAUAGGGUUUGGAGACUAUGUGGCCCUGCAGACCAAAGGGGCCCUUCAAAAGAAGCCUCUCUAUGUGGCUUUUAGCUUUAUGUACAUUCUAGUGGGGUUGACAGUCAUUGGGGCAUUUCUAAAUCUGGUUGUUCUCAGGUUCUUGACCAUGAACAGUGAGGAUGAGAGGAGGGAUGCCGAGGAGCGGGCGUCCCUGGCAGGAAACCGCAACAGCAUGAUUAUCCACAUCCAAGAGGACUCCCAGCACGGCCGGCCGCGCUACAAGGCCGAAGUGACAGACCUUCAGUCAGUUUGUUCCUGCAUGUGUUACAGGUCCCACGAGUACACCAGCCGGGUGGUGUCCCACCAAAAUUCGUUCAGCUCGAAGCUGAACCCCCAGUACUUUCACUCCAUCUCUUACAAGAUAGAGGAGAUCUCGCCAAGCACAUUAAAAAACAGCCUUUUCCCAUCUCCUGUCAGCUCCAUCUCACCUGGGUUGCACAGCUUUACAGAUAACCACAGGCUGAUGAAACGGCGAAAGUCAAUUUAA